AUUUUGAAAGGAGUGCUAUGGGGCAAGAUGUCACUCACAGAGGGCUUUGUUCAUUGUGGUGGACUGAAGACAAAUGGGCAGAAGUGGCAGGUCACAGCAGUGACACCAGGAUCUAUUGCAUGGGCUGCAACAAUGUGUAUGUUUCUACUUUCUCCUGACAAGGAGUUCCCAGGGAACGGUUGUGGGGCUAUCUCGAAAAUCAAUUACUAUCAAGUGUUCUGUGCAUAUAAACAAGUGCUCAUUACGAAGUGGAUGGACCAUCACAUCCAGAAGAUUGUCAUGGAGAUGAACCACUUUGUGUUCAGGAACCCUGGAGCAGCCAUGAAGUCCAGGAUGGGUGCAAUGGAGGACUUUUCUGUGGAGAUUGAUGCUGUGAUGGUGGCAAUGGACUCUGCUGCACUAUCAGAAGAUGAUGCAGAUGAGAUGGAUAGUUCUGGUCUGUCCACCCCAGAUUCACUUUCAAUCACUGACACAAAUGUUCCUGCUGCAUCUGAAUCCCAUCAAAUUGUAACAUCCAUCCCAGCACCUGUAACAACCCUCAGAACAAGCAAUGACAAUUGUGCAGAUCCAUCAAGUACUGAUACUUUGGAAUCUGGUAGCAUUAAUCCAGUACAGAAGUCGAAAGGGCGACAUGGUAGAGGCAGACGCAUUAAGUAG